AUGUCGGAGCUACGCUAUGAUGGUCAAGUUGUUGUUGUAACAGGAGCUGGCGGUGGAUUGGGAAAAGCAUAUGCUCUUUUCUUCGGCUCAAGAGGUGCAAGUGUAGUUGUGAAUGACCUUGGGGGAUCAUUCAAGGGCGAGGGUAAUUCUACAAAGGCCGCAGAUGUUGUAGUCAACGAAAUCAUAGCCGCAGGAGGAAAGGCAGUAGCCAAUUACGACAGUGUUACAGAGGGCGAAAAGAUUAUCGAAACUGCCAUUAAAACUUAUGGCCGAAUUGAUGUCUUACUCAACAAUGCCGGUAUUCUUCGCGAUAUCUCAUUCAAGAACAUGCAAGAUAAAGAUUGGGAUUUGAUCAUCGACGUUCAUGUAAAGGGAUCAUAUAAAUGCGCGAGAGCAGCAUGGCCACAUUUCAGAAAACAAAAGUAUGGAAGAGUGAUUAAUACUGCAAGUGCGGCAGGUUUGUUUGGAAGCUUCGGUCAAACGAAUUAUUCAGCAGCUAAAUUGGCUAUGGUCGGAUUUACGGAAACUUUGGCGAAGGAAGGUGCGAAGUAUAACAUUCAUGCUAAUGUUAUUGCCCCCAUUGCUGCUAGUCGUAUGACUGAAACUGUCAUGCCUCCCGAGAUUCUCGAUAACUUAAAGCCGGAUUGGGUGAUUCCUCUCGUGGCUGUUUUAGUACACAAGGACGCUCAAGAGAAUGGUUCAAUUUUCGAAGUCGGUGGUGGACAUAUUGCUAAACUUCGAUGGGAACGCUCAAGCGGUUUAUUGCUCAAGGCAGAUGAUUCAUAUACCCCAGGAGCCAUCCUGAAAAAAUGGGAUCAAGUCAGUAACUUUAAGGAUGCCGAACAUCCUUCUGGUCCUGCGGAUUUCAUGGGCCUUCUUGAGAAAUCAAUGAAGAUGGGUCCAAAUGAGCAAGGGGAGACUCUUGAUUUCAAGGGCAAGGUCGCUUUAGUUACUGGUGGAGGUGCUGGUAUUGGUCGAUGCUACUGCUUAGCGUUCGCCAAGUAUGGUGCCUCAGUUGUUGUAAAUGAUUUGAUGAACCCAGAUGAUGUUGUUCAAGAAAUCCAAAAGCUUGGUGGAAAAGCUGUCGGUGUCAAGGCAUCAGCUGAGGAUGGAGAUGCCGUCGUUAAAGCCGCAAUUGAUGCCUUCGGACGUAUUGAUAUCAUUAUCAACAACGCUGGUAUUCUCCGUGACAAAGCUUUCACCAAUAUGGAUGAUAAGAUGUGGGAUCAAGUUAUCGCCGUUCAUCUCAGAGGUACAUACAAAGUUACCAAGGCUGCAUGGCCAUACUUCUUGAAACAAAAGUAUGGUCGUGUAGUAAAUACCACAUCUACCAGUGGUAUUUAUGGUAACUUUGGACAAUCCAAUUAUGCUGCUGCUAAAUGUGGUAUUCUCGGUUUCUCUCGCGCCCUCGCUCGUGAAGGUGCCAAAUACAAUAUCUACGUUAACACAAUUGCACCAAAUGCUGGUACCGCAAUGACCAGAACCAUCAUGCCAGAAGAAAUGGUUCAAGCAUUCAAACCAGACUACAUAGCGCCACUAGUUGUCGCACUCUGCAGCGAUAAAGUUCCAAAACCACCUACUGGAGGUCUUUUCGAAGUUGGCAGUGGAUGGGUUGGACGAACAAGAUGGCAACGAACUGGUGGACAUGGUUUCCCAGUUGAUGUCAAGCUUACCCCUGAAGAAGUCUUGAAGAACUGGGAGAAAAUCAUUAACUUUGAUGAUGGACGAUCGGAUAACCCCGAGGAUAGUCAAGAUGGUUUGAAGAGUAUUAUGGCAAACAUGCAAAAUAAGAAGGGUGCGAGCAAGAAAACCGAGAAAAAGGUUGAAGUGAAUCAAGAAAUCCUUGAUAAAAUUGCCGCAGCCAAGAAAGCCGAAGCAAGUGGAAGUGAGUUUACUUUCGAGGAACGGGAUGUAAUGCUAUACAACCUUGGAGUCGGUGCGAAGAAAUCUGAAUUGUCUCUUGUUUUCGAGGGAGAUGAAAAUUUCCAACCUCUCCCGACUUUCGGUGUCAUCCCACCAUUCAAUGCUGAAGCCCCUUUUUCUUUUGACGAUAUUGUACCCAAUUUCUCCCCUAUGAUGCUUCUUCACGGCGAACAAUAUCUCGAAAUUGCUUCCUACCCCAUUCCUACCUCUGGUACCCUCAUUUCAUCACCAAAACUUCUCGAGGUAGUCGAUAAAGGAAAUGCUGCCGUUGUCAAAGUAGGAACCACCACGACAGAAAAAGAAACUGGAAAGAAAGUAUUCUAUAACGAACAAACGGUUUUCUUGCGAGGCAGUGGAGGAUUUGGAGGUGAGAGAAAAGGAGCGGAUAGAGGAAAUAGUACAAGGGCGAACAAAGUCCCCGAAAGAAGUCCUGAUGUGGUGGUCGAGGAAAAAACGACGGAGGAACAGGCUGUGAUUUAUAGAUUGAGUGGUGAUUAUAAUCCUCUUCAUGUUGAUCCGGCUUUCGCAGCGGUGGGAGGUUUCAAGGCGCCUAUUCUUCAUGGUCUUUGCUUUAUGGGGAUUGCGGGGAAAGCGGUUUAUCAAAAAUUCGGUCCCUACAAAAACAUCAAAGUUCGCUUCGCGGGCACGGUCAUCCCUGGUCAAACAUUGAUCACGGAGAUGUGGAAAGAGGGCGGUAAUAGAGUUGUUUUUCAAACCAAGGUUAAGGAGACGGGGAAGUUGUGUAUUGGUGGUGCGGGGGUAGAGUUGGUAGGUGAAGGGAAGGAGAAAUUGUAG